UGGCCUCAGCCGGUUUAAACGGUCGGGUUAGCCGUGUUGUCAUCCUGCAGCCUGCCAGGUGUAUCGAUCAGUGAUCAUGCAGCCUGCCAGGUGUAUCGAUCAGUGAUCAUGCCGAAGGUUCCUGCUGGUCUGGAGCACGAGACCCUGAGCGAGUGUCAGUACAGCUUCCCGGCUCAGGUGCUGGCUGAUCUCAGAACAGUUCGCUCCAUCUUCACUGACCUGAGGCUCUAUGUGGAUUUCUACUCUCCAGGUUACCCCAACAAGGAGAAGAGGAAGUUGGUGUAUUUGGCUGGAACUGUUCCUGUUAGAUUCGAUGGAAACGGUUACAAUAUCCCAGUGUGCAUCUGGCUUCAUGAAACGCACCCCGCCGCCCGCCCCCGCUGUUACGUCUGCCCCUCCGUUUCCAUGGUGAUUAACCCCGCCUGUCCGUGUGUGGACGCCAGCGGCAACGUCAGCCUGCCGGGCCUGAGCGGCUGGACCAGCGGCGUGUCCAAUCUGUCCCGCCUCGUCACCGAGAUGAAACAGGCCUUCCAAAAGAACACGCCCCUUUAUGCCACACCCCCUCUCCAAGCCCCGCCCCCUGCAGCAGCAGGUGCAGGUGUGCAGGUGUCGGACCGGCCGGGUGGAAGCCGCCAGCAGCCGCCCUCCUCCUCCUCCUCCUCCUCCUCCUCCUCCUCCCUGCAGGCCAGGCGCUCCUCGCUCACCUCCUCUCCGUCUGGACACACAGGUAGGACAGCCAGCCAAUGGGAGCAGGGCAGGGUAAGGAGGUCGUACACUGAGGAGCUGCUGGGGAUCGACUUCAGCGCCCCUCCCCCCUCCUCCUCCUCCUCCUCCUCCUCCUCCUCCUCCUCCUCCAACCCUUUCCUGUCCGUCACCUCCUCAGCGGCAGCGCCCCCUACUGACGCCCUCAGCAGGAAGCUGCUGGCCCUGCGGCUGGACGCUCCAGCACCCGGCCUCCCUCAGGUCCUCAGCUCUCACAGACCCCAGGCUGCUGCUCAGGACGUCCCGGACCGGACCGGGGUCGCAGCUCGCCUUCCCCCUGACAAGGCGGCCAUGUUCCUCAGCCUGCUGGCGCUGGAGGGGCGGAGCUUCAACCCCAGCGACGUCCUGGAGGCCAUCCAGCUGAACAAAGAUCUCCCAUCAGCCCUCAAGUUCCUGACGCACAGCUGCCCCAUCUGCCAGGAGCAGGUCUCCUUCAGCAAGAUCAUCACCAUGACUCACUGCUCCUGCUGCCUCUGCCAGAGCUGCUUCAAGGCUUACUUCUCCUCCGCCAUCAAGGAGAAGAGCAUCGAGCAGCUGGUGUGUCCGCUGUGUGGCCGGCCGGAGGUCAGAGGUCGCGGAGGCUUGGAAGAGUCCGUGGACUACUUCAACCUGCUGGACACACAGAUCCGACACUACCUGCAGCCUGAGCUUCAUGAGCUGUUCCAGAGGAAGCUCCGAGACCGAGCCCUGCAGGAAAUGCCAAACUUCCGCUGGUGUGCUCAUUGUUCCUUUGGCAUGCUACAUGAAGCUGACAGGUUGAGGAUGGACUGUCCCAGCUGCAAGAAGAGCACCUGCUCCCAGUGUAGAUCAGCUUGGCGUCCGCAGCACGAAGGAGUUUCCUGUCAGCAGUUCAGAGCCUGGCAGCAGCAGAGCCAGCCGGAGCAGCAGCACGCCGCCCUGAGCUGCAGCAGCAUCGUGUGUCCAAACUGCCAGUUCAUCUUCAGUCUGUGUCGCGGCGGCUGCCUCCACUUCACCUGCUCUCAGUGUCAGCAUCAGUUCUGUGGCGGCUGCAGCCAGACCUUCACCCCGGGCUCCGCCUGCAGCUUCUCCACGGACUGCAGGGCCAAAGGCCUCCACGCCCACCACCCCAGAGACUGCCUGUACCACCUGAGGGACUGGAGCGUCGCCCGCCUGCACCUGCUGCUGCAGCAUUACAGAGUGUCGCCCUCCUGGUUGGGAACAGCCAAUGGCAGCUCAGCUCACACGACUCUAGGAGGUGUGUGUUCAGUUCUGGAGCUGAGAGACGCCGGCAGCAAGAGGGAGGAGGCCUGCGGUCGACCCACCCUGCCAGAACACAGAGGAUACUGCCAGCUGCACUAUAAGGAGCGUCUGGUGGAGCUGAUCAACCGGAGCGGCGCCGACCCGGCCGUCCUGUUCAGCGCCGCCGAGAUGGCGACCGAGCUGCAGCGCUGGGGCGUCGCCGUGCCGACCAGGAAGCCUCAGGAGGCGGAGCUUCUGUUCGCACAGCGCCUCCGCCUGACUCUGGUCCACAGUGUGCCCAUCAGGAAGCGGCGAGCCUCUUCGCUCCAGCUCAACGGUGACCUUUGCCCUCUGACCUCUGAGGCUGCUGGAGCUCCGCCCCCUCGCGACCCUGCAGUGCUGCUGCUGAGCGACUGAGUGGCUCCGCCCCCGAGCCUGACGUCAGCGUCUGGCUGUAACCAAUCGGCCAGAGGUGUUGUUUCCAUAGCAACUGAAAGCUUUUAUUCUGAAGAACUGAAGAGACUUUCCGUGUUUCAUCAAGUGUUUAACUUCCUGCCGCCGUCAUCAGCGUGCAUGUGAAACCCUGAAGGCUGAGGGAGCCAGUCAGCCGGCCAUAUUACCCACGAUGCAUUGGAGUUAUCAGUUAUUCAGGAAGUCAGCUUGUAGGAGAGACAGUGAAGGUGUGUUCAUGCGUGUAAAGAAACCCUGAUAUCCAUGUAAUUACAAAGGUCACAUGACUUGUUGCACACUGCGCCCUGCAGCAUUAAUAAUAAUAAUAAUAAUAAUAAUAUUAUUAUUGUUAAUGAUAUUAACAACAGUAACUUCAUGAUCUGGCCAAAUUAAAAAACACCUGGAGUCGGCAACAAAAUGUCUCCGCCUACAAGGACAGGUGUGUUCCAUUAAACCCCGCCCCCCUGUGAUGUCCGGGGGGGGGGGGGCCUGAACAGGAGCAUGAGGGCAGGACUGAGAUUUCCAUUUUGUGUAACACCAGUUAACUCAGAUAUUUUUUAUUGUUUUUUUUUGUUGCAUGUCUUAGUCUGGCCAGCUGAUUGGCUGGCAGUAUCGGUGGCCCCGCCCUCCUCUCUGCGAAAGCAUGGGUAGGCUGAUGGUAAUUAAAGACUCCACAUGAUUGGCUGAUGCUUGCUGAGGUCCAGCAGUGCUGAUUGGUUUGUUUUUCUGGUGAGCCGCUGCAGUUUGAGCAGCGGGUUAGGUGUUACCCCAAGAAAAAUAAUUUUAUUUAUUUUCAGAUUUUCUAAAUAGAGUUUCAGCCUAUGAAGUGUUUUUGAGAGUCUUUACAGAGAAAAAAUAUUUUUAGAAAAACAUUUUUGUGGAAGGAAAAUAAGAAAAACCCAAAGUAAAAAAGGUAAAUAUGCAACAAAUUUGUUGGAAAUGUUAGAAAUGAUAUAGAGAAAAAUCUAAAAUAUCAAAAAACAAAGAAGGAACAAAUGAGUCUUUUGCUAUAUUUUGAAAAGACGAGGGAGUUUCUCUCAGGUUUGAAAGGGUUCAUGUGGAGGAGGAGCUUCCUCCUCUCCAGGUCUCUGAUGUUUACUGUCCAUAUCAAACAAACAUGGAAGUCACGUCAUCUCAUCUCAUCUGUGAUUGGCUGGAAGAAACAGCCCAGACAUCGUCAGCUGGUUAAAGGUUUGAGGCAGUUUUCAGAACAGAUUUUACUUUCCUCGUUAAAAUUCACUUCUAAAGCAGAGAUCAAAAUGUUUUAUUGGCAGACACACACACACACACACACACACACACACACACACACACACACACACACACACACACACAGAGAGAGAGAGACACUGUGAACAGAUUCUGUUGGUUUAUUGUUUUAAUGUGAAAACAGUUUUCAAAUUUGUUGAGCUGCAGCCUCCGUGUUCACCUGCAGGGGGCGCCACAGAGGCUGAAACUGGGCUAAACAGUCACACAGAGAAAAUCAGGUCUGAUGAUGCCAGUGCAAAUCUGCUCAAACUCACAUAAUCUCACAGCCAUGGAUUAUAAUCUCAGUUUAUAAUCCUGUCUGCAGCAGAAAUAUGGACAGGAACAGUCCAGUUACUGAUCAAUAUCUGGAUCA